AUGGUAAAAAUCCACAUUGUUCAACUUUCAAGACUUAGGCAACCCUUUAAUGUUGGAGAUGAGGUUGCGAUUGAAGAAGUAAAGAUGUAUGUAAAAAAACUUAAGUUGACAGAAACACUCUUCAGCAGAAUGGACAAACAGUACCAGCGUCUUAGUAACUUUGGAUUAUAUGACAAGUUGCUGAAGAACAACAGCCGCAGAGAACUCCCAGCUUGGAAGAUUGAUGACAAUGACAUUGUUUGA